AUGAAGGAAACUGCUAAUCAAGCUCAGAACGCCUCUACUACUUCCCGACACGCUUCCAUCGUAGAGCUGUUGUCCACUCCACCUGCGAUUCCACAACAACCAUCGGUAACAACAGACUUGGAGUCCAUUUCUUUAUCACGCAAUGCCAGUGCUUCGUCUUUGGAAUCACAAAUGAGCUCUACAACUUCCUGUUUGACAAAAGUGCACUCUCAGAAAUGGCAGCAUACCCCUCUGUCACAAUUGAUUGAACAGAAUAAGCUGGUGACAGUUGACGGAACAUUGUCCGUGGAGGAAGCCUUCAAUACCUUAAUCCGUCACAACCUCACAUCUCUACCUGUAGAACAAUUUCCUGGUGAUAUGAACUGCUACACUUUUGACUACAAUGACCUGAACUCGUAUUUGCUGCUGGUUCUCAACAAGAUUCAAGUCAAUGACCCACAAGUGGCUCGCGACUGCCAGAUGGGAAAACCAGUUCCAGUUGGUGAAAUAGUGAAAUUGACCCCGAAGAACCAAUUCCACAAAUUACGUGAACUUGAUAAUUUAACGACGGCUAUGGGAAUACUUGGGUCUGGUGUGCAUCGUGUUGCCAUCACGGACAACGCAUCAACACAGAUUAGGGGUAUUUUAUCGCAGAGACGGCUCAUCAAGUAUCUGUGGGAUAACGCGCGGCAAUUUAGCGGGCUCCAGCCUCUGUUGAACUCUAGCUUGAAGGACCUGGGUAUUGGUGUCCUUGAUACUCAUACCGCACCCACAAGUCGGCAAUCGCGGGUUAUUUCCAUACAAGGUGAAGAACAGCUAAUAAUGGCUCUUUACAAAAUGCAUACGGAACGCAUCUCAUCUAUAGCUGUCGUCGACCAUCAUGGGAACUUACUGGGAAACAUAAGUGUCACCGAUGUCAAACAUGUCACUCGAACAUCUCAGUACCCACUCCUGCACAACACUUGCCGCCAUUUCAUAUCUGUUAUUUUGAAUUCCAGAGGUUUAGAAAUGGGAAAAGAUUCGUUUCCCAUAUUUCAUGUUUAUCCGACCAGUUCGCUAGCAAGGACGAUGGCGAAACUGGUUGCCACGAAAGCCCACAGAUUGUGGAUUGUCCAACCAGAAAAGUCAAGUUCCUCGACCCCUUCAUCCUCGUCAGUAGUGUCCAACUCUCCUCAGUCUGCCGCCAUGAAUGCGGCUCACAGCGCUAACAGUGACCAUGAUACUCCAAAUAGGUCAGGGUCCCCAAUCAGCGUCAAAAGCUUUGAAGAAACUAGUGCGCCGACGUCGACCCCUCUCUUUGAAAAGGAGUAUCGCACCGGUAAACUAAUCGGAGUGUUAUCUCUGACAGAUAUCCUAGGUCUUUUUGCUAGAAGGCAAACAGAGCAUACCAAAGUUGAUCCUCUUGCUGCAAGACGGCAGAGGGGUAGUGUGGGUGUAUAA